AACGCGUCCUACUCUCCACCAAUGAGAAGCGGCGCUGGGGCCAUGUGUGUAUUGUUUAAACUGCUCAAAUCUGACUGAGUCUCCAGACCGACAAAACUUCCACCAAACAAGAGUGAUGGCGGCCGCUGUGUCUGUUAGUACAGCUGCCAGAGAUGAAAGCACAGACACAGGACUCAGUUUCGCCUCUCGUCCGCUUCACGAAAACUACGACCUCGCCGCGGAGCACGAAAACUGGAUUCCCGGAGACCGCCGACAACCCAAGCCCGAAACGGGCGAGGAGGACUCGGCGUCUGAACGCGAGUGUCAGCGGAGGGUCGACGAGGACCUGACAUCGCUGAGCCUAGAAGAGAUUGAGAGCCGCCUGGAGAGAACUCGCCGGGAGUUUUACAACCGUAGAAAAAUCAUCAUAAAAAACCUGCCCUCCGACGUUAGCAAUCAGGAGGUCCAUGAGCUGUUGGGAAACUAUGACUUGAAGUACUGCUUUGUCGACAAAUACAAGGGCACAGCAUUUGUGACACUGCUAAAUGGGGAACAAGCGCAGAGUGCCAUCAAAGACUUCCACCAGCAUGUGCUACGGGACAGGGAGAUCUCCGUACAGCUGCAGCCAACAGAUGCUCUGCUAUGCAUCGCCAACUUGCCCUGUGCUUUCACCCAGCAGCAGUUUGAGGAGUUGGUGCGACCCUUUGGUAACCUGGAGCGCUGCUUUCUGGUGUACAGCGCCUCCACGGGGCAUUCUAAGGGCUAUGGCUUUGUCGAGUACAUGAAGAAGGACUCUGCAGCUCGGGCCAAGUCAGAGCUAUUGGGAAAGCAGCUGGGUUCCCGCAUGCUUUAUGUCCACUGGACUGAGGUGGGCUCCCUCACAUACCCGCAGCUGCACUCUAAAUGCCUGUGCGUGGACCGCCUGCCCCCAAGGCUCCUGACAGCCCAAGACCUACGCAACGCCCUGGCUGAUACCCACGCACCGGCCUUCUGCCAGUUGGCUCAAGGACAAGAUGGAAGCUUUCGCCGGUUUGCCGUGUUGGAGUUUGCCACAGCUGAAAUGGCUGAGGAGGCACAGCGACUGACUGAUGGGAGGCUACUGGGUGGGACGCACAUCAGGGUGUCCUUCUGUGCCCCUGGCCUUCCUGGAAGAAGCAUGCUGGCUGCCCUGAUUGCUGCCCAAACCAUGGCUGUGAAUAGGGGUAAAGGUCUCCUCCCUGAUCCUACAGCCAUGCAGAUACUGACGGGCCUCAAUAACCCUGCCACGCUCAAGAUGCUGCUCAACCCACUGUCACAGGGACACAAACAAGGCCUCCUCGGGGCAGCUCCUACGAUGCCCCUGCUGGCCAACCCUGCCGUCUCCGCUGCCCUACUCCAGAUACUCCUUCAGAACCAGGCCAAGGCCCAGCAGCAGGCAUUUCUGGGAAAUCAUCUUCUCUGGGCUCAGGUGCUGCACAAUAAGGAAAAUCCUCUAGUGCCUUGUCAGGCAGGACUCAUCGGGGAGAAUCCUCUGGCUGCUCUGCCUGUCCAGCAGGGAGUCCAUCUGCUUGGAGACCUGCCCCAAGGUGGUGUAGUCCCAGGUCUUGGUCUCCAGACAGAUCCUCUAAACCCCCUGAAGCCAAUGCCACUUGGCAGAGCCCUGGCAAGGGAGCAGGAGUCACCCACAGCAGCAUGCAACUUCCCCCAGACUUCCUCUCCCACUCUGCAAGGCAUCUCCAUGCCCCUGAUGGGUGGCAUGAUGGGAGCAGAUGGUCUCACAGCACAAGGGGUUUCCAUACUAGGAGAUCCUCCCAAAGAUGUGAACCAUCCCCAGAGUGCCUUCCUCAGCGUCAACAAUGUUUUUCCCUCAGGAGGAAGCUGCAGACCUCAUCCCUAUAGGAAGAGGCUAGGAAGUAAUGUGUCCAACCAGCACACACGCCAGAGCAUACAACCAAACUACAACCUGCGCUACCAAGAUUCUUACAGCCCCGACUAUCCUCCACUACACCAGGAUCCCCUGGCCCAUUUGUAUGAACAGCAGGAGAACCUUGAUCUCGGGGCCUUGGCAGGAUUUGGUCAGCAGCUCUCUCGUCACUCUGACUACAGUGAGAGGUUUUCCCAGUACGGUUAUCCUCCCAGCCCACCCCUGUCCUACUUCAGCUCUGGGACUGAGGCCUCCUGUAACAGUAGCCUUCCAGCCACUCAGCUCAACAGGGCUGUGGGAAUGCCUCCUAUGAGUCGCACUGCCAACUACCCUCCAGGCCUGGGGAACGUUGUAAAGACUCCCAUUGGUAGCCACAAGCGCGCUUUCUCCCGCCUCAUCCCAUCUCCGGAGCCAAGCCCUGAGGGCAGCUAUGUGGGCCAGCACUCCCAGGGCCUCGGUGGCCAUUAUGCAGACUCGUACCUUAAGCAAAGGCGUAUUUUUCUAAAUACAGCUGAAUGCUUCUUGCUGUAACAGCCAGGACCCAACGGCCAUUUCCUCUGGUCUCCUCCAGUAAACUUGAGCUUGGUGGUGCUUGUCUCCUGUGUACUCCUGGAGUGGCCCCUGGAGGGUGCCGAGGAGUGCAGCCUAUUGCCAUGGACAUUGUAUCACUCUAUGGGAAUUCUUGGUGGUUGUUUUGUGUUUUUGUUUUUUUCUUUUGUGUGUAUGAUUUUAGUGUGUUGGUAAAUUAAGUUUUUACUUUUUUUUUUUUCUUUUAAUUUGAAUUUUAAUUUCCUGUUGAAAAACUUGUACAGUGAGGAAAAAAAAUGGUUAAUUAGCUAAUGAAGUCUUUUCUCUUGCAUUUUUUUUUUUUAAUUCCUGCGUUGAGUGUAGUGUAACAGCAGAGCUCCAGAUAGUUUGGCCAGUUUUCGAUGGCAGCCAUAGGCUGCUUUUUAUGUUUUGACAUCUCACUAAGGUGAUGCUGUCCACAAUAUGAAGCAAAGGGACUUGCAUAGUAUUAAAAACAAGCUUUACUUCAAAGGCUCUACUUUUUUUUUUAAAUGGCCUUAAUUCCAUGUAAAAAGUUUAGUAGUUUGUUUGAGAUGGUGUUUUUGUGUUGUGGUAUUUUUUUUUGUUUUCCCCUUUCUUCCACAGGGUUGUAUAUUUUGCUGUAUGAUUCAAGUUCUGGAUCAGGCCUCUCCUGAUUGGGUGACAUUCAGCUUUCCAUCCACCAAUGACAGCUGUAUGUACCCGUCUGUGUAUUAUGACAGUGAAGCUUUUCACCACGCUGGCAUAUUUUUUUUGUUUUUUUUCCAAGCCUUAACUGUUCCACAUCGUUCGUCUUUUGAUCAACACCCUCCAACUUGUUUACGGAGUCUGUUCUCUGCACUGGUUGUUGAGUGAUGCACUUGAAGGGCACAGGUCACAGCCCAAAUCUGUUCUCACCUCCACAAGAUGCCAUUCUCAAGUCUCCCCUCACUCAUAUGUCCAUGUCCGUGUCCAUGAGUUGAAUAAUUUGUGUUUACGUAAAGUUCUGUGUAUAUUUUGAAUGUCUUAAAGUCCAAACACCGCACCUCGAUGAUUGAGUUGAGUUGGGUGGGGUGGUGGACAUGCGCUAUGUGUCAUCUCAAGCUGCAGAUGGUGAAUACAGGAACAUUAACCAUCUCUCCUGAGCGAGAUGCUUGACUCUCAGUUGAAUUUGCUUCUUUAGAUGAAUAGAUGGCAGCUGGAAUGACGGACACGGACGUGUUUAAAGUUUUCCAGUGGGGGGUGGGGUACUAAUGGAAGCUACUUGCAGAUCAUUGGUCAGUGACAUGAUUGUCAUUGUUUUUUCUUUCAAAUUUUUUUUGUUUAAAUAAUUAUCUAGUUGACAGUUUGAUUGUGAAAACUCAUUACCUCUGACUUCUGCUAGGAAAUGCAGCUGCACUUGAGCCUUAACAGUGUUUUCUGUGAUAUCAUCCUGCCCUGUGUUGGCUUCCAUCUACAUUUAACUUUUCUGUGUUAUUUGCUGUGUAAAUAGUUAAGCGUGAUCAUUUUCCUGAGUCCAAAACAUUUUUUUUUUCUUCUCUCUUUUUAAUGAUACCUGCCUCUGGUCUGGUGUUUUGAAUGAAUUUGCUGCUUCUCCUGUUUUUUUUGUCGUUUGCCUGUCUGUUUGAAAGCUGAUGUGACCAAGAGUGGCGCGCCACAGCAGACUGCUCAUGUUGUGUAUGGACCAAGAUGCAGCUGUACUUUAUGACCAUCAUCCAUUCUGACUGAUCUGAAUCUAUUUUCUCACCUGUACCGCCAUUGGCCAUUUGUCUCUGUAUGUGUGGGUGACGUGAGAAAGUAAAUGUUAUUUAAAGUCAAA